UAAGCUUGUUUAGAUGUAGGGUAACAGAACAUUAGUCUUUUAAGCAAAAGUUUUCUUUGUAGAAAGGAAUACCAUUUUAACCAAAAAUUGACUAUAAUUUUCAUUAAAAGCAAGAGAAAAAUCCUAGAGACAAUGAUAUCCUUUCAUUUUUCAGCUGACAAACUUUGCCCCUUACCUGAACCACAUUUCCUGCUCUUUAAUAAGAAUUCAACAUAACUAUGUUUGAUGAUAUUGCUGGCUGCUUUUCUUUUUGGAAUUUUGGGAAAGCAGUUGAGGAGAUUUAGUUGCUGUUAAACCAUAAAUGCUUUAAAUACGCCAAAUUGUUCAAUUUUAAAUGAGGAUAGAGGGUUUGAUGCAGUUAGAACUGUAGCAUUGGUCAAAACGAGCUCACAUGCAUCAUGAUGUCAAAAUUUUUUAGGGUUUAUAUUUAUUUUUCGACUCCAAAACUUAAAUAUGAAGAGCUAAUGGUGAAAUUUGUGUCUGUGUGUGUGUCUUUGCAUAUAUGUGUGUGUGUGUGUGGUGGGGGCGUUCUCGACUGACAUCCUGAAACAAUACGAGAAAGAGGAGUGCACGAAUCCGCGCACCCCGAGCUGGUCUCCUUCCCUGUAAUAGAGAGCGUCAGGCGCUUCUUAAAAAACACAUUUUGUGGCUUAGUGGACUGGACUGGAGGAGCGAGGCGAGGACGAGCUGAACGGACAGAGAUGUAAAUAAAAACAGUCGUGCAUGGCCCAGCUGAGCGAGGACUUUAGUUUGUUUGUUUUUCCUUUUGGAUCAAUCAGGCAGAGAGUGGCUUCUUUUGAUUAAGCCCCAAAUUGUCAUUGGACAGAGGUAAUCAUGUGACAGGCAAUUCGGUCCAAUUUCAACCUUGUCUCCAUGAAUUCUAUAGUUUAAUGGUAGCUCGGUUCCCAUACGGCCAUAAUCAGUGAAAUAGAAGAAAAACACAUCGGGGGAUUUUUUUUUAUAUAUCUAUUUUUAUUUAUUUUCUUCAUCGUCCUCACUGAGCCGCGACGUUUAUAAAAAUACGGCGCUGCAAACUUUCCUCGGCUCUCAGGGAGCGGAGAUGAAUUACGAAUUCGAGCGAGAGAGCGGUUUUAUCAAUAGUCAGCCGUCGCUUGCUGAGUGCCUGACAUCUUUCCCCCCUGUCGCUGAUUCAUUUCAAAGUUCAUCAAUCAAGAGCUCGACGCUUUCACGCCCGACACUGAUUCCUCCUCCCUUCGAGCUGACCAUCCCCAGCCUGAACCCGGGCAGCCAUCCGCGGCACGGUCGGCCCAGACACAGCCCCGAUGGCUGCAGCCCGCUGCCUACCGCCUCCCUACCCCCGGAGUACCCAUGGAUGCGGGAGAAGAAAGCCUCCAAGAAGAACCACCACUUGCCCAACUCCACCACUGCUGCUUCAACCGCCACCACCAUCUCCAACGGACCCGUGUGCUUCUCUCCGAAAGGCUCGCCUGAGAUCGUGGAGGGAGCCGGUGGAGGAGGGGGCUCCCGCAGGCUGAGGACCGCGUACACCAACACGCAGCUGCUGGAGCUGGAGAAGGAGUUCCACUUCAACAAGUAUUUGUGCCGGCCGAGGCGGGUGGAGAUAGCGGCCUUGCUGGAUCUGACCGAGAGGCAGGUCAAGGUGUGGUUUCAGAACCGGCGCAUGAAGCACAAGCGUCAGACCCAGAGCAAGGAGAACCACGGUGGUGGGGAUGCAAAGGGCCCUGGAGCCGACGACGGCAUUCAUAGCGAGGAGGACGAAGAGGGGGGCGGCCUGCUGUACGAGCAAAGCGGGCCCCUCCUGGAGAGAGAUACCUGCUCCUUUCAGAACAACACACAGCAGCAGCAGCCGCAGCUGCACAAUAACGGAGAGGCGGCCAGCUAUGACAAAAAUCUGAAACAUUUUCCCAACCCGUCACCCACUGUUCCGGGCUGCAUGUCAACAAUGGGCCCCGGCUCUGCAUCUGGGCCGGACAAUAGCGACAGCCCAUCAGCCCUGGAUGUUUCUUUGCACGAUUUUCAGCCUUUCUCCUCGGAUUCCUGCCUACAGCUCUCGGACACAGCCUCGCCGAGCUUGUCGGAGUCUCUGGAUAGCCCCGUGGACAUUUCCGCGGACACUUUCUAUUUUUUCUCGGAAUCCCUAACCACAAUCGACCUGCAGCAUCUGAACUAUUAACUCAGAGAAAAAGAAAAUCCUUUACAACUUUCCCUCCCCGUUUGUGUGUGUGAGAGAAUGUGUGUGUGAAGUAAGGCUACGACAUUAUUCCUUAUUGUUUGUAUGUGCGGCACAUUUACUCUCGUGAUAUUUGACUUGACGAUUAAUACAAGGUAAGGACGGAUUUAAAUCACUGUACAAGCUCUGGUUAAAGUAGAUUAACUACCAUAACAACUUGAUCACUUGAAAUGGAAAUUAUGAGUGUGUGUGUGUGUGUGUGAAUUAUCCAACAGUGUUAGACCUAUAUGAAACUGGGUCGUUUUUUAUUUUUGUAUAGUUUUCUUGAAUAUUUUUGUUAGAAUACACUAACUUGCUACAAUCCUUC